AUGCGGGGCAAGGCGGCUGGCCGUGGGACCGACCCGCCGCUUCUGAAUGACGACAACGACGACGAGACCGACGACUUGGAUCUCAACAGGUGGUGCGAUCCUGACAUGGACGACCAGCUCGACUUGCUAGUGCUCGACGAUUGGUCACGCCCACUGGCCAUCACCGAAAAAGAGGCGGCGCUGCGCGCCCAGCGAGAUACGCUCCGGCGCCUCCAGCGCGAAGCCAAGCUCAAAGCCGAAGAGAAACCUCGAAACGAGAGCUUUAAACCAGCGGGUCGCCGGCCACCGCGACCCAAGCCAGACGAGAGCGUCUGCACGAAUCUCCCCGCGCAAAGCAGUCAACUUUCAGAUGUUGCGAGUCGUCGGCCCCAAGCCAUUUUGCACCUUUCGGCGCCGCCGCUGCACUCGAUUCCGAUCGCACUCCGAGAUCUCGAGAACGAUCGGAUCAACCUCGCGCUCGACCAUCCGUCCGACGCGCUCUUAGUGGCCUCCUCUUCAGCCGAGCUCCAAAUGGUCGAGGCGCUGCGACAACCGCCAUCGUCGAUCCUCCUCGAGCUGCCACCGACGCGCGAACGGGACGCGCCGCUUCGACCGCUGCAGCCGUACCACCCGCUACGCAAAGGCCUGAGCUACGCCUCCGGUGCGCCCGUGCUGCGAAAGCUCGAGCAAGACCGACUCGAUGCCGCGUUGAAACCAAAGGGCCGCCGGUCGCUCGACCUCAUUGACGGCGAUCCGUCGUUGCGGAUGCGCGCGGUGCGCAAGAUGGACAUUGAGCGGCAGAUCCGUCAAGUCAAGUCGUGUUUGCGCAACUCGAUUGCGACCAAGAACGUCGA